AUGCGUACCUCCAUCGCCAUCUUCGCCGGCCUCGCUGCUGUUGCGUCUGCCACCACCUACACUGACACGGCCACCGUCGAUGUCACCGUCACCUCAUGCGGCGCCACCGUCACCAACUGCCCCUACAAGACUGCGACCGUUGACGGAGACUCUACCGAGACCUGGGGAGACUGGUCCAGCGCCAGCACCACCACCACCAGCAGCGUCCCUGUCUCUCCCGAGACCACUGUGACCUCGGACGGCUCAUGGAGCGACUGGGCUUCGUCGACCAGCAGCGUCCCCGUUUCUCCCGCCUCAACUGCGACCUCGGACGGAUCGUGGAGUGACUGGUCCAGCGCCAGCGCCUCCAGCACCAGGUCAGUCUCUCCUCUGGAUUCCACUACCACUUCUCUUUGCCCAACAUACACUGCCACCACUGCUCCGGCGUGGUUCUCUCUUCUUCCAGCCUCUGAUCUCAGCUCCUUCUCUUCUGCCUGGACUUCUGGAGCCCCAGCUGACUGGUGUUAUUACACGUACAGCACCUCUGAGAGCAGCACUCCUGUCUCCCCUGUCUCAGUCACCUCGACCUCGACCUGGGCCACUUCCACCGCCGCCAGCACCCCAGUUGCUGCCGUGUCUGCCAGCAGCACCAGCGUUGCCGCCUGGUCAUCAUACACAAGCUCCGCUGCCGUUGCCACCUACACUGGUGCUGCCAAUGUCAACGCUGGCUCUUUCGCUCUUGCCGGUCUCGCCGCCGCUGUUGCUGUUGUCAUCGCAUAA